UUCGGUUCAGUUCACAAUGGUCAAGCCUUGCCCUUCAACCCGAGCCGUUCAGCGGCGACGGUUGGGUUCUCAACGCAGCACCCGCAGCGGCACUCCCAGGCGCAACCUCGCAGCUUCCUCGAACGGUAACGGCGGCGAUGGCAGUGGAGCGAACGGCGACGGCGACAGUGGUGCCAACGGCAAUGGCAGUGACAAUGGUGCCAAUGGCAACGGAAGUGACCAUGGUGCAAACGGGAAUGGCGACGGCGCAAACGGCAAUGGCGACGGCGCGAGCGGCAAUGGCGUGCCCGACCGUAGCGACGUCGAGGGCAUCUUGGCUGUAGACUGGACACUCCACAUUACGGCAGAUGGCAGUGGCAGCGGUGCAAACGGCGGCUCGAACUUCAGCGUCAGCGGGUGCAUUGCAUCAACAUGUCCAUCUCCAACACCGAAUCCAUCUGUAACCCUAACCCUAACCCUAACCAGGUCCAGCGGUGCUUGA